UCUCUCUCUCUCUCUAUACACCUCGGCCAGCAAUAACACACGAAAUCGUUCUUUUCUCGGUGAUUUGUUUUGAUAUCGUGCGAAGUCUUCGCGGAACACGGGACACAAAAAAGGCUCCCCGGAACGUCGGAAGCAGAUAGUCGCGCACACACACACACCGUCCCGUUGCCAGUUGCUGAAGUUCCGGUUUUAACGCGCCAUGGUAAUGUUGCGCUCGGUGCUGUCCUCCGCCAAGCGCGUGCCGCUGAUCAAGUUCCGCAAGGGUGGCCCGUUCCAGGAGGCGGCCAGCCAUACGGCGGGCGGUGCAGCCGCCAACACAGCCGCUCCAGCGCACGCACGGUCGGUGUCGUCGGGCGAGGCGAUUGAGGAAUGGCAGCUGCCGGCACGCUACCGCAGGAAACCGAUCGAUGACGUCGAGAUGGAUUGCAUUAACCGGGGCGGAGCACCAGCCUAAACCGCUGGUGGGGAGGGCACCGGGCCAGAGCGUAGGUGGUUCCGUCGUGCGUAAUCUCCCCCACCCACCACUCUCCGGAUGGUCCCGAUGGCUUGGCGGCGUUGGGGCACAUGCGUUCCCUAGUUAGUAAAGAGAAAAGAGAGAGAGAGAGAGAGAGAAAAGAGAG